GGUGGUGAGUGAUCACUGAUGGAUGUACAUGUGUGCAAGCAAUCUUUGAAUCAGAGGAUGAAUGACAUGCGAUAUGCACUGAGAACCGAUCGACUGACACGUGCAGCAGCUGGCCAAUUACACUGAUGAUGUAUUGGAAGAUGUGGUGAGGAGUGAGCGAGCACAUGACCAAAUUUGCACACGUCCCAGGAGAACAUUGCGAAUGGUAUCUUCGUGGAACAGUCACUGCCGAGGACCGGUAUCUUCGUGGUACAUGCACUGCCAAGGAACGGUAUCUUCGUGGUACUUCACUUGCAAGUGUCGAGAGAGCAACGAACAAUGGGGGUGAAGUGGGUUAUGUACUGGCAGCCACUGGUUGGAACGGUGACGAGUUCGCAAAAUUUUGUCGAUUUGGUAAGAGCCGCAGAGAGCAUCCAAAGCGUUCGGAUUGGUCGGUGGAAUGCCACGUGCGCUACGUAUCGACCGGUGAUUAGGGAUGCACCGUCGUCGGCUGCCGAGGUGUCGGCAGCGAAGGAGCUUUUUGGAGCUAGCUUCUCUGAGUUGCCCCGCAAGUACUUCUUUGUACUCCGGCAAGAAUUCAUAGUUGUAGAAGCCGCAACCUCCAUACAGGCGGUCAUGGAGAGAAUCCAGUUGUACUUGAACCGACUGUCGGUCUCGUUCGAAGGAGUAUGUUUCCAAGUCGGAGAUUUCCUAGUGAAAAUAGGUAAAGCAAUUCAGUCGCAGAACGAGGUCCUUAGAGGGGUAAUGAUUGAACUAGAGUACAUUCCGACGACUUCCUUGGAGCAAAGUGGACCGCUUCUCUCCGAGUUCCUUGCUAUAUGGCAAGACCUGGCCUCUAACAUGUCGCAACCAGGCCGCCUGGUUCUUGUUGAGCCUCAGUACGCUGACUUCGGUCUGUCCGAUACUUACUCUCCUCAGCAUAUGGCGCUACAGUAUGUACUCCUCUGCGUUCAUUUCCUUGGGUCCAUGAGGACCGUGAUGUAACAUAGCAAUUAUGGCCACCUGUUUUUCUCCACAUUUGGAGGGGGGAAGUUGAAUGGGCUGGGCAUUUUGAGAGAGAGCAGGAGAAGAAAUCCAGUCAGGGUGUCGUUUGACCAUCUGCUUUUUCUUUUUCUUUUUUUUUUUUCUGUGCUUUCGAGGGGAAAAUGGAAUAUAUGGGCAUUCGGGGUAUAUUAUUAGCCAGAAGAAAAAAUUCACGCAGGGUGUCACUUGGUUCUCCUCUUGAGAACAUAGCUGUAGAGCAGAGAAUGAACAUUACGAAGUCGA